UUUGCUUCCAAAGUAAACAAUAAAACGCGCGCAAAGAUGUCGGAUCGUGAAGAUAUAGAAAUUAAGAAAGAAAACCAAACUAUAGAUGAAGAAAUAAAAGAGGAUGAGGACGAGGACUUCAAGGAUACCACAAAAAUCACCUCCCUAAAGUCCUUAGGGCCAUUCAUAGCCAGCAAGGAGAACAGCCGGAAUACUGUUUACCUGAGCGAUGUCCCAGAUGUCUGCAAGGAUAAACCCUGCAUGCUGGGCGUCGAUGAGGCUGGCCGUGGUCCUGUCCUCGGCCCCAUGGUAUACGGAAUCUCCUACUGCCCGCUGGACAGCAAGAAGGCUCUCGAAGAUCUGGGCUGCGCCGACUCCAAACAACUGACCGAGGAGAAGCGCGAUGUCAUAUUCAACGACAUCAAUACCAAGGAGUAUGCCACCAGCUGCAUCGGCUGGGCCGUGGAGAUUAUAUCCCCAAAUACCAUCAGCACCAGCAUGUACCGCCGGUCCAAGUGCUCCCUGAACGAGGUUUCCAUGGAUUCGGCCAUGGGCCUCAUCCAACAGGCCAUCGACGCGGGCGUCAAUAUAGCCGAGGUCUAUGUGGAUACAGUGGGUCCACCGGAGAAAUACCAGGAGAAGCUGCUCAAGCGCUUUCCCAACUUUAAGAUUACAGUGGCCAAAAAAGCCGAUUCCACCUAUCCCAUUGUCUCGGCGGCUAGUAUCUGCGCCAAGGUCACCCGCGAUCAUGCCCUCAAAGUGUGGAAGUUCCCCGAGGGUCUGGUGAUCAAGGACAAUGCCUUUGGCAGCGGUUAUCCGGGAGAUCCGGUCACAAAGCGUUUCCUGGCGGAGCAUAUCGAUCUGGUCUUUGGAUUUCCACGCCUGGUACGCUUCAGUUGGUCCACGGCGGAGAAUGCUUUGGCAGACAAGGCAUACGACAUGGAGUUCGAUGAGCCGGACACCGAGAAGCCCAAGUACGCUGGCACAAAGCUCACCAAGUUCUUUAAGGGCACCACCAAGUCGGGAGAGGUUAUACGCGAGGAGAGCCGCUUCUUCAAGCAACGACAUCUGGCAACAUUUGUCGAGUUUGUCGGGAAACCUCAAAGGACAUGGUCAAUAUAUUCGAUGGCAUCGCCAGACCAGAAAUACGGAUUUCCAUAGCGGAUAUGAUUUCCCUGUGUACCGGACAUCGAAUUUCUAAAGGGGAUCCUUUUUCCAAAACCAUAUGCGCUCCUUGCAAGCGGGAUGCAACUAAUGCUUUUGAGCUAAAACAACUUUACGAGACAAACCACAGCGUUUUCUGCCAGAUGAUCAAGAAAGAUGACGACAUACAGGAGGAAGAAAUGCGGGAUAUAUCUAACUCCAAAAUCGGAAUGCUACAAAUUAAGAAAGAGCCAGUUGAAGAAGACAUAUUCGAGGACGUUCGCCUCCAAUUUACCGAAUUUGAAGUCGAUGAGGAGUUCAAAGAAAAUGCAGAAGAUCAGGAGAAAUCGGCGAAAACUUUACACAUUUGUUCCUAUUGCAAAAAGUCAUUUUCCCACAAAUGCAAUCUUCAGUCACACCUUCGAAUCCACACAGGAGAACGGCCCUUCAAGUGUCCUCACUGCGAGAAAUCUUUUGCACUAAAUGGCAAUCUUCAGCAACAUAUUUCGAUCCACAAAGCAGAACGUUCUUACACAUGUUCCAUCUGUCUGAAGACCUACAAAUCGAACAAAUAUCUGCAGUCAAAGUCACACCUUGACACCCACAAAACACUAAAAAAACGACCUUACAAAUGUUCCCAUUGCCAGCUGGCUUUUGCACGCAAUCGAAGUCUUCAGGAUCACAUCUAUUCGAAACACAACGGAGAUUUGCCUUACAAGUGCACAGAUUGCGAAAAAUCUUUUCGACUAAAAAGAGAUCUUAAGGAACAUAAGCAGACCCAUGAUCAAAAAGAAGACGAGCGCUAGAAUGGAGCCUCAACACUUAUACAUUGUGCCAGGGUUUGAGAAGAACUCCACCUUAAAAAUCUUGAU